AGAUCCGGGCUCGGCCGGGCGGCUUCCUCUUUCUCUGCGGCCGUGGAUAAGGCGGCUUUGCUGAGGCCAGGGCUGCGCCGCAAUCCGUCUCCAUCGCCUCCGGGAACGCUCCGUAUCCACUCACCAUGACGGAACAGAUGACUCUCCGCGGGAUCCUAAAGGGACACCGUGGCUGGGUGACACAAAUCGCCACCACCCCUCAAUUCCCAGACAUGAUUCUGUCGGCGUCCCGAGAUGCAGCUAUCAUCAUGUGGAAACUAACUAGGGAUGAGUCCAGUUACGGUAUGCCUCAACGUCGCCUCGAUGGUCAUGGUCACUUCAUCAGUGAUGUGGUCAUUUCUUCUGAUGGUCAGUUUGCCCUUUCUGGUUCCUGGGAUAAAACCCUGCGACUUUGGGAUUUGACAACGGGUUUGACGACCCGCUCAUUUAAUGGUCACACCAAGGAUGUACUGAGUGUUGCCUUUUCAGCAGAUAAUCGGCAAAUUGUGUCUGGUUCCCGUGACAAAACUGUUAAACUGUGGAACACCCUUGGAGUUUGCAAGUACACCAUCCAGGACGAAUGCCACAGUGAAUGGGUUUCGUGUGUUCGCUUCUCGCCAAAUAGCAGCAAUCCCAUCAUUGUCUCCUGUGGGUGGGACAAACUGGUUAAGGUUUGGAACUUAGCCAACUGCAAACUGAAAACAAAUCAUAUUGGGCAUUCUGGUGUCCUGAAUACUGUUACCGUUUCUCCUGAUGGAUCCCUAUGCGCUUCAGGUGGCAAGGAUGGACAAGCCAUGUUGUGGGAUCUCAAUGAGGGAAAACAUCUGUACACCUUGGAUGGUGGUGACAUUAUCAGUGCCUUGUGCUUUAGUCCCAAUAGGUAUUGGCUAUGUGCUGCCACUGGGCCCAGCAUUAAAAUUUGGGACCUGGAAGGAAAAAUCAUCGUGGAUGAAUUAAGACAAGAAAUAAUUAGCACCAGCAAUAAAGCAGAGCCUCCACAGUGUACAUGCCUGGCUUGGUCUGCAGAUGGACAGACCUUGUUUGCUGGCUACACGGAUAACCUCAUCAGAGUCUGGCAGGUCACCAUUGGAACAAAAUAAAGUACUUUUUGCAAGAAGUUGGAAAAUCUUGUUCGGGCUGAUUUAAAAUAAAAUAUUACUGUCACUUUG